AUGGCUAACAAUAAAGACGCCGAUCGUGCCAAUGACGGGAGUAAUUGUGCUGCCUGUGAUAAACCUGAUUGGGCAGACGAUAUGGUUCAGUGUGACGAGUGUUCAGCUUGGAACCAUUUCCAGUGCGCUGGCGUUACAGCAUCUGUCGAACAUCGUCCUUGGUCAUGCAGAAAUUGUCUACCUGUCAGCGUGCAUAGCCGAUCUUCUAGAGAGUCCGUACGGAAGGCACUGGAACAAAAACGAUUGGAGGAGGAACAGCAAGUUCGUCGUAAAAGAUUCCACCUCGAGAAAGCGCUGGAACAGAAGCGAAUUGACCAGGAGAAAAAACAAAUUCUCGACGAGGAGAAAAUGGAGAAAACGUUUCUGCAAGAAAAAUACGAUCUACUGGAACAACAGGAGGCGGACGAAAUCGUUAGUGUAGUAAGCGACCUCUGUCGUAGUAACCACGAGAAGGUAAUAGCAUGGAUAAGGAAUGACGGACACGAAAGGCCCAACACGAGUACAUCAAACGUUGUGCAUCAGAAGGCACCAAAUCUGGAAACCAUGGUCCAAAACAAUACCUCUCACUGGGAUAGAAAUUUAAUUUCAACACGUUCGGCGAAUGGAGCACAUAUUGCACAUCGCAUUACUACAGAUAGAAAUACGCUCUCACGAUCCAUACCCGUUGUCCCGCUGUCAUCGCCACAAAAUCGUAUAGAUCGAUCAACGCAUCGUAUGCCCUCGCCUCCGCCAGCUUGCACCAGACCCGCUGCUGCCUCCAUCGAAAUCGCACCGUUGCCGUUUCAGUACGCUGCAUCGCAGGAAGUUGAACUUCCAUACAGACCAACCAGUCGCGGAGCGAAUAUCAAGAAAACGCUCCCAGUAGAACAAUGCACAUGUCCACUAGGCACCGAAAAUCGAAAACUUCCUGUGUGGUCAAUGCUACCACCACCAUACACAAGACACAUAGAAUGUGCUCAAUCAGACACAAAUUUGGCAAAUGACAUGACAGCCCUAAAUUUAGGCCCCACUUCAGCGCAAAUUGCAGCGCGUAGAGUAAUGUCCCGCGAUCUUCCGGAUUUUGACGGAAGUCCAGAAGAAUGGCCUAUAUUUAUCAGCCAGUAUACAAUCACCACAGAGAACUGUGGCUUUACUAACGCCGAAAAUCUUAUAAGAUUACAACGCUCUUUGAAAGGGCAUGCGCGCGAAUCAGUGCGCAGUCGGCUGCUCUUGCCAUCGUCUGUGCCUCAGGCUAUCGAAACUCUUCGGACGCUUUACGGGAGACCAGGAUUGCUUAUAUCAGCUCUGUUGAACAGAGUUCGCACAACACCACCACCAAAGAUGGAACGCCUCGAAACAUUGAUUGAUUUCGGGAUGGAAAUUCAGGGACUUUGCGAUCAUUUGCAAGCUUCAGGGGAAAUCGCCCACCUGAACAAUCCGUCACUUCUACAAGAGCUAGAAGACAAAUUGCCGACGUCGCUGAAACUCCAGUGGGGAAUGCAGAAGAAAAGCAGUUCGAUUAUCACGUUGCAAACCUUUGCUGAUUACAUGUCGCAAAUGGUUACAGCUGCGAGUCAAGUGACUAAUUUAGUUAGCCACCCAACCGAUCGACGCAUAAGUGGCCGGAAAAACAACAAUACGAAGUCGAGGGAUAAUGUACCAUUAUACACACACAGUCUGUGCGACGCGCAAGAGCCAGGAGCAAGUGCGGCGAAUACGACAGUCUCACCAAAAGGAUGCUUUCUUUGUGAUCAGUCGGACCAUCGAAUAAAAGAUUGUAAAAUUUUCCAUGCUCUUACCAUUGAAAAGCGCUGGGAUAAAAUUCAUAACCUAAAGCUAUGUCGUACUUGCCUCAACCCACAUGGGAGAAAUCGCUGCCGGUUAGUGGUGAAGUGUGGUGUCGAUGGUUGCUCGUUUAAACACCACCCGCUAUUACAUUCUAAAGCUGAGAGUACAACAAAGGUAGCAACCGCUGAAAGUCACUCGCAUCGUGGUAGUGAAUCAAAAGUUCUUUUUCGAAUAGUACCUGUUACACUGCAGAGCAAAAUGGGAACCGUCAGCACGUUUGCAUUUCUAGAUGAGGGAUCCUCAAUAACCUUGGUUGAGCAAUCAGUAGCUGAUGAGUUAGAUGCAUCUGGUCCGAUCGAGCCACUGUGCCUUAAAUGGACUGGUGACGUAACGCGAUGCGAAGCGGAGUCUAGGAAGGUUUCAUUUAAAGUAUCGGGAUCGACGAGCAAGAAAUUUUUCAAUAUCGAGUCGGCUCGAACAGUGUCUGCACUGAAACUGCCGGUACAAUCGCUGAAUCCGCAGGACCUGGUCCAGCAGUAUCCCCAUCUAAAAGGGUUGCCCUUGUCGCGUUAUGAAAAUGCUGUGCCACGUGUGCUUAUCGGUCUGGAUCAGGUGAAUUUAUCCCUACCAUUGAAAUGCCGAGAAGGACGACUCGGAGAGCCAGUAGCCACGAAAACUAGGCUCGGAUGGUGCAUUUACGGCGGUGGGAGUAAAAAUAACGUAAAAUUCACAGGUGUGUGCUGCCAUAUUUCGGACGUUAGAAAAGAUAAAGAUCUUCACGAGCUGGUUAAGCUGCAUUUUGAGGUAGAUGAUAUUGGCGCUAAAUCAUUGGCUGAACUCGAAUCGGUAGACGAUAUGAGAGCGAAGAAAAUUCUGGCAGAUACUACAAAACGUUUGGGCGAUAGGUUUGAGACCGGUCUCCUAUGGAGAUAUGAUCAGUUCGAAUUUCCGGAAAGUUAUCAUAUGGCGCUACGUCGUCUCGAGUGUCUAGAGAAGAGAAUGUCCCGUGACCCUGUGCUAAAACAUAAUGUACACCAACAGAUUCAAGCUUAUCAAGCGCAGGGAUAUGCGCACCGCGCUACCGAAAAGGAGUUAAUGGCAGCUGAUCCCCGAAGGUCUUGGUAUCUGCCACUCGGAAUCGUGACCCAUCCCAAAAAGCCGGGAAAGGUUAGAUUAAUUUGGGAUGCGGCGGCCAAAGUAGAUGGCAUCUCUUUAAAUAGCCUACUUCUAAAAGGCCCCGAUUUAUUGACCUGUUUACCAGGAAUUCUAAUCCGUUUUCGCGAGAAACCCGUGGCGGUAAGUGGUGAUAUCCGCCAAAUGUUUCACCAAAUUCGCAUUCGACCAGAAGACCGACAUGCGCAGCGUUUUUUAUGGCGGGACGAUACACGUAAUAAUCCCGAAGUAUUCCUGAUGGAUGUGGCUACCUUCGGUUCGAGUUGCUCACCAUGUAGUGCACAAUUCAUUAAAAACAAAAACGCUGAGGACUUUGCAGCUGAGUUCCCGCGAGGUGCAGAAGCUGUGGUGAAGUGCCACUACGUGGACGAUUAUUUGGAUUGUUUCGACACCGUAGCAGAAGCUAAGCAAGUAGCAGCAGAAGUGAAGUUCAUUCAUGACAAAGGCGGAUUUGAUAUUCAUGGCUGGCGUUCCAACUCCCCGGAUGUAUUGCAGCAUCUGGGAGAAUCAACGGUUGCUGAAGUGAAAAAUCUAGAUUUGGACAAAGGCGAAAGGGUUCUAGGCAUGUUGUGGCUGCCUGCCGAGGAUAAAUUGGGAUUCUCUACCGAAAUGCGAAAAGAGAUUAGUGCAAUCAUUAAUGAAGACCGUCGACCAACCAAGCGGCAAGUAUUACGAUGCGUAAUGUCAUUAUUUGACCCUCUAGGACUGCUUGCCAUAUAUACGGUCCACGGUAAAAUUCUAAUCCAAUCAAUAUGGCGUUCCGGUACAGACUGGGACCAAGAAAUCGGAGAAGAGGCAUUUGACCGCUGGAGAAGGUGGACUGAAUAUUUGUGGCAAGUCGAUAAUGUUAGACUUUCUCGAUGCUAUAUUGGCCAAACACUCUCAGGAUCUCUGCGCUCUAUUCAGUUGCAUGUGCUGGUGGAUGCAAGUGAGGAGGCUUACAGCGCUGCUGCAUAUUAUCGCUUCACCUUUGCUGAUGGCACCAUACACACCACCCUGGUAGCGGCGAAGGCCAAGGUAGCGCCUCUCAAGCCGUUGUCUAUACCUCGCUUGGAACUGAAGGCAGCCGUUCUCGGAGCUCGUUUGGCAUCUUUCAUCGGAGAUAACCGUACAUACGGCAUCGAUAAAAGAAUAUUCUGGUCGGACUCGAGCACAGUGUUAGCAUGGAUCCGUUCGGACGCGCGCAGAUAUCGACAAUACGUGUCUUGCCGCGUAGGUGAAAUACUCACGUUAACGGAAAGUGAAGAGUGGAGAUGGGUGCCGACCAAAAUGAAUACUGCUGAUGAAGCCACCAAAUGGAGGCAAGGUUUUUGCCUAUCUGUGGAAGGCGAAUGGUUUCGUGGUCCGAAAUUUCUCCAGUAUCCGGAGCAGCAGUGGCCAAUCCAAAAAUGCGGCCAGAAAUUCAACACGGAAGAAGAGAUUCGAUCAUGUUUCGUGCACGAAGUCACAAUACGAGAGCCAACAGUGAAGUUUGAACGGUUUUCCCGGUGGAUGAGACUCCUUCGAGCAGUUGCCUAUACAUUACGGUUUAUCAGCAAUGCGCGGGAAACGAGACAGCAACGUAAUUUCGGACCGUUGAGUUCGAGCGAACUUCAGAAGGCUGAGAAUGAAUUAUGGAGAAUCUGCCAGAAUGAAUCGUUUCCGGAUGAGGCUGCCCAACUAAAAGCGGGUAAUCGUGAGGUAGACAAAACAUCCUUCAUCUUCAAGCUGUCUCCCUAUAUAGACGAAAGCGGAGUCAUACGAUUGGACGGCAGAAUAGGUGCAGCGUCGAACAUCAGUUUUAAUACGAAAUUCCCAAUAAUUUUGCCAAAGGGACACAGGUUGACAGCUCUAAUUUUGGAUCAUUAUCACCGUGGAAAUCACCAUGCUAAUUUCGAGACGGUUGUCAACGAGCAUUUAUAA